AUGGGUUUCUUCAAGCGCGUUGUCAGCUUCCUGGCGGAGGCCUCUAAGGACACGACCGCUGACGGAAUGAUCAUCCCUUACCUCAAAGACGGCGUCGUCAAAUUUGACAGAACCGCCCAAGACCCGGCCGUCGCGGCUCAACACAAAGGCAAAACGCCUCGCAGCGUCCGCUCAUCCAUCAAAAGGCUCUAUAAGAAGCCUAGCCUUCUCGCCAAGGCUGCAGCUCGUUCCAAGCCCUUGGCCUCGGUAAUCGAGUUGGACUCGCAGGACGGGAAGGUUGUUGCGAGCCACGAACCCAUUGUCAUCACUGCUCACCCGCACAAAAUGAAGCGGCCUUCGACUCCUUCUACCAUGUCGACCACUUUGUCCCCUCUUACCCCCUCAACCCCCUCGACAUCUUCGACCCCCUCGGCCCCUGUCUCUUCGAUCCCAUUGGGCUACAACGAGGCCAAAGCCGCCAACUCGUCCAUCCGCGCCUUUCCCCUCGCUUCCAGGUCCAUCACUUAUCGACCUAUCGACAUCAUCACGCCCAGCGGUUGCCAGGGACGCAGUCGCGCCGCGUCUUCCGCAACCAACAACUCUUCAGCGUCCUCGUCGGGCCAGAGCCGGACCAGCAGUCGCGUUCUCAAGAAGAAGAACAGGAUCGGCUGCCUUUCUGAGCGCUACCAGGACGACGGGCACCGGACCAAGCCUGCCCGGAGACACCGCAUUAGAUCGGUCUCCAUCUCUCAGGUGUCGUGUGCCAGCUCCACCUGCAACGAUGACGAGCCCAUGCUUGUCACUUUCCCUUCUUUUGACCAGGCCGGAGUGAGAGGCGCCGAGCUCGAUCAGCUUCUGGAAACUGAGGCAAAACUCGCAAUGUACAAGGACUUCGAAGACAACCAUGGCGAUGGCAACGUCUCUUACCUUGACACUGACGGCGACGCCUGGAUGGAGAGGGCGCACGACAACAUUGUCACGUAUGCGGCCUACUCCGAGCGAAGCGUCGUCCAGCAGAUCUAUCAAGACCUUCCCAAGGUAGAAGGUGUCAACUUUGCGACUUCUAACAAGUUCGCUCGCGACCUUCUGUUUAGUAACUACGAAGAUGGAAAAUACAAGAAGAUCACCCGCCAGAAGAACAAGCCCUUCUUGUCCGACCCCGGCAGAGGUGCAUUUGGGACUUUGCUGCAGUCAUUGAAGUCACUCUUCCAGAAGACGAAGACCAGAAAUCCGGCUUCUGUUCCGAAUGACGACGAGCAUCUGGCCUCCCCCUGGCUGGGCCAGUCCGACGAAGACGAAGACAAUUUCGAUUGGGCCAAAUGA